GUGCACACUCCCAAGGAGGCUUACGAAACCUUCGACGGAGGAGUCCAUAAAACUCACAAAUCUCAUUGUUUUCUCAAAAGAACAAAGAACAGCUCUAAUAUAAUUUUUUUUUUACAAAUAAUUUAUUCAGAGCUGUUCAAGUUCGAAAACAUUUUGAUCAAUAGUGAAGACAACAACAAAAAUAAAUAGAAAUAGUAACGUAAAAAAACACAAUAAAAAUAAUAUGUCGUACGGGUACAACGAUGAUUCCAAGAGGAAGAAAAGGUUUAUUGUCAUCACCAUCUCCUCUGUUCUUCUGAUCUCGAUGGUUGUCGCCGUUACCGUUGGCGUCAGCCUCAACAAGGGCGGCGAUGACUCUGAUGGUAACGGAGAGAUAACGUCUUCCGUCAAGGCCGUCAAGGAUGUUUGUGCACCGACUGAUUACAAGAAGACUUGUGAAGACACUCUGAUCAAGAACGGGAACAACACCAGCGACCCUAUUGAGUUGGUUAAGACUGCGUUUAAAGCUACGAUGAAGCAGAUCACCGACGCAGCUAAGAAGUCUCAGACGAUGAUGGAGCUUCAGAAGGAUAAAGCGUUGAAGACCGCAAUCGAGUUGACACACAACGGUCUAGCGAUCAUCAGCGAAUUGUCCAACUUCGUGGGCCAAAUGCAGAUUCCAAGCCUUAACAGCCGCAGGCUUUUGUCCGAAGGAAUCCCUUCGUGGGUAGACCAGCGUGGCCGUAAGCUUUUGCAAGCUGCUGCAGCCUAUUCCGAUGCGAAGGCUGAUAUCGUGGUGGCUCAGGACGGGAGUGGCCAAUACACAACGAUCAACGAGGCAUUGAAGUUUGUCCCAAAGAAGAAGAACACGACUUUCGUGGUUCACAUUAAGGCUGGAAUCUACAAUGAGUAUGUUCAAGUCAACAAGAGCAUGACGCAUCUCGUGUUCAUCGGUGAUGGUCCCGACAAAACUAUCAUUUCCGGUAACAAGAGUUACAAGGAUGGAAUCACCACUUACCGUACCUGCACUGUCGCUAUUGUUGGAGACUACUUCAUUGCCAAGAACAUUGGGUUUGAAAACACCGCUGGGGCAAUAAAACAUCAAGCUGUUGCGCUUAGGGUUCAAUCAGAUGAGGCAAUAUUUUUCAAUUGUAGAUUCGAUGGCUACCAAGACACGCUCUACACUCACUCCCACCGUCAGUUCUUCCGUGAUUGUACCAUCUCAGGGACCAUUGAUUUCCUCUUUGGAGAUUCAGCUGCUGUAUUC